AUGUCUACCCACACAACUGUAGACAUUGACCCGCCACUUCUUGUUCAUCCCCUUGGUGGAAUCAUUGACAUUGAAGAUGACGAUGAACCAGAAGACAACGAUCAAUCGUUGAUAUCUGAUGACGACGACAGUGAUGAUGAUGACAGUACCAUGUCUCAUCAUAGAGAUUUUUCUAGGUUCGGUAGUCGGUCUUCUGGGCCUGAGCAGGAGCGAUAUCAUUUGAUCGAGCCCCUGGGGAUCUCCACCAAUUGCACGAACUCGUUUAGGAGGAUUCAGAACCCAGGCGGGUACACGUGGAAGUUGACUCCCCCAACGGUGAAGGACUUGUAUUUUGAGGAAUUCAAGAAAGAGUUUACUUGGGACCCUGAGGAUGAGGCUGAUGUGAAAAAAAUGUGGUUAAAAAAUGCCCGCAAAAGGUACAGUGACAACAUGAGCGAGCAUAAGAGACAGCUCAAGGAGAAGACCGAGGCAGGGGAAAGGAUGAAGACACCCCUGGGCAUGUCCGACGCCUUCUGGACGGGACUCAAGGCAUACUGGGAUCAAGAUGAGAUGAAGGCCAUUUCUAGGCGAGCACGUGAGAACCGAUACUCUGAGCCCGAUGGAGUCGGUAUAGGGAUCAGCCGGCACGUUGGAGGGUCUCAGUCGAGUCGUAUUCUGCAGCAGAGUCUGAUCUCGGAUGGUGGAGUCCAGCAGGAUGCGGCGAACUAUAGCACCUUCCUCCACCUCCACAUGCGUAGAGAUGGAAGUUUUGUGUUAGACAGGGAUGCCAAACUUGAUGCGGAGAUUCAUCGCGUUGCUGCUGAGACAGGACGAGAUGACCGACUUGAUGAGGUCUACUUGGAGCUCGUACAUCCCGGUAGGUCACGGCUCUACGGCACUGGAAGUGCCGGUGUGAGCUAA